GCUUUGGUGAGAACGAGUUGCACGGGCCACCUGGGCGUAUGGAGGGAGAGGGAGUUGGCUCUCACCAGCAGCUGUACCAGUAGGUCAUGGAUUCUGUCUCUUGCCUUAGCCGUCUCUUGCCAAUGAGUUGGUAAACUUUUAUGGAUUAUGAAGUGGGUGACUUCAGGAAGUUCUGUAUCCUGUGCUCUUCAGGUGGGGGAUGGAACAGCAUCUCCCUCAUAAGGCUGUUGUGAAGAUGAAAUGAAAGAAGGCAUUUUGUUCCCAACAUCACCUUUGGGCACCCUGUGGUAGAAAGCCUCCGAAAGCAGCUAGGCCAGGACCCUUUCUUUGAUAUGCACAUGAUGGUGUCCAGGCCGGAACAGUGGGUAAAACCAAUGGCUGUAGCGGGAGCCAAUCAAUACACCUUUCAUCUUGAGUCUACCGAGAACCCAGGGGCUUUGAUUAAAGACAUUCGGGAGAAUGGGAUGAAGGUUGGCCUUGCCAUCAAACCGGGAACUACAGUUGAGUAUUUGGCACCAUGGGCUAAUCAGAUAGAUAUGGCCUUGGUUAUGACAGUGGAACCUGGGUUUGGAGGGCAGAAAUUCAUGGAAGAUAUGAUGCCAAAGGUUCAUUGGUUGAGGACUCAGUUCCCAUCCUUGGACAUAGAAGUCGAUGGUGGAGUAGGUCCGGAUACCAUCCAUAAAUGUGCAGAGGCAGGAGCUAACAUGAUUGUGUCUGGCAGUGCCAUUAUGAGGAGCGAUGACCCCAGAUCUGUGAUCAACCUGUUACGAAAUGUUUGCUCAGAAGCUGCUCAGAAACGUUCUCUUGAUCGAUGAAACCACAAGGAGUUGAUGCUCAUGAAAUCUUUUUACUGGAAGACAAGAAUAUUGACUAUCAAAUCCUAUCAUCACAGUUGAAGCAGUGCUGUUUUUCUGAGGAGCUAUUCAUUUCAGUGACU